AUGGCAACAGACGAUCUUUCCAUUCCAACCCACACCGCCAUCUCCCCAGCUCCCCGAGAUAUCGCAAAAAUACAGCAGCAAGAAAAGUCCAACAUACUCCCAUCCUUCACCGCCAGCACCGCCUUCCGCCUCGGCACAGCCCUAAGAACCCGCCUCCUGACCUUCCCCUCCCCCUGCGUAAUUUCAAUCACAACCCCCUCAACCCCACCACAUAUCCUCUUCCAUAGCGUCACCGCCGAUGGCACAACCCUCGACAACGACUACUGGGUUGCUAGGAAGCGUAACAGCGUCGUGCGUUGGGGCGUGAGUACGUGGCAGCUGCAUAACAAGUACGAAGGCGACGAGAACAAGUUCAAAGCAAGGGCGGGGCUGGGGGACAGGGCAGCCGAGUAUGCGAUUCAUGGGGGUGGGGUACCGGUCUUCGUAAAGGGUGUGGAUGGGUUUGUGGCAGUGUGUGUAGUGAGUGGGUUGAAGCAGUGGGAUGACCAUCAGGUUGUCAUUGAAGAAUUGGCCAAGUUGAAAGAAGAGCUGGAGAGGCCAGGCACGCAGUAG